GUGGACAACAGCCACCAGCGCUUGGCGGCGGAGGCAGGCAGCUGUUCCCGCCUGGUCCAAGAAGCAGCUCGUCGACUAUCUCAGAGGCGAGUCUGCCAGGGGCAUCGCCAACGCAGGGUAAGGAGCAGAGCCAGGUGCGGUGCGUGUGCAACAGGCCUGAGGCGGGCGAAGGGGCAUUCUUGGUGAAGUGUCACUCGUGCGACUGCCUUCUCCAUGGUCAAUGCAUCGACAUGGCUACACCCCACGAUGUGCCCCACGUGUACAUCUGUGCAUUCUGUGCCAACACACCCAACAUGCGCGGUGGGAGGAUGCGCCAUACCGGACGGGCCAACGCUGGUGCUGCUGGACGUGGCGCCUCGUCCAAGAUGGGCCCACCUGUGUCGAGCGGCGCCGCGGCAGCAGCGGCAGCAGCUGCUGCGUCGAGCCCGUUAGCGCACAAGAGUGGGCGGUCGUUUCGUUGAGACGACACGAGACGAUGGCGGAAACCUUUUGGGCAGCUUGGCGAUUGCCACAUGUAGUAUGCUCUAUGCGUAAGAUUGGCAUUGGGAGAAGUCAAAGAUAAAGAGACAAAAGCAAGAGGCAUCGGGAGAUGUUGUUAUUGUGCUUGUACACUCACGUCCAUGCGGAAAUACCAAUUAGCCGUGAUGGAAAGGCGAAACGAGACGCGCCUUGGCUUGGUUGGUGCUAACGUCCUGAAAGGAAGCAAAACACGACGAAGAGCGCAGAAACAAACGAAGGAUAUAUAAUUGGAAAGCAAAGAGGGGGAAAGGAGGAGGAGGAGGGGAAGAAGAAGAACGACAUCACAGCACCCGAGAUACCCCCUUGAAAAGCAUCUGCCCCCCCUCCCACCCCCCCUAACCAACUCCCCAAAAAUCAAGAUUGCUAGCUACCGCACAACGAGACCUCUUUCACCGGCGUUGAGAGGUUCACAUCUAGAACAUAUCAGCCUUGAAAACUUGCUAUAUAUAACUGG